AUGGCGCAACCGAUUGAUUACCACCGCAGCGAUGCCGCUGUAACACUCAUUAAAGAUGUUCUUGAAAAACUCAAACACGCUUUCCAAACCGAGAAUGAUGUCCUCUUUCUAACAUCGUCUGGAACCGGUGCUAUGGAAGGGGCUGUCGUUAAUCUUCUGUCUCGUGGAGACAAAGUAAUUGUCGUUCGGAGCGGUAAAUUCGGGGAACGGUGGAACGACAUCUGCACCGCUUAUGGGAUCGAAGUGAUCCCGAUUGACGUGACAUGGGGGGAUUCUGUUGAGCCACAGACAGUUGAAGCACUCUUAACGAAACACCCUGAUGUAAAAGCGGUGUUUGCAACGCUCUGUGAGACAUCGACGGGUGCUUUGCACGACAUUGAGGCGUUGGCACGUUUAACGCGAGUUCGUUCGAUCCCUCUUGGUUGUUGA